AGGCAGUGGAGGCAGAGGCUCGAAUCCUUAUGGCAGGGGCCGGUUCUGCUGGUUGCUUGCAGGAGCGGCUUGCGGUGCUCAAGGAGAGAUUGCGCGGUUGGAGCAAAUACCGAGACUCCGAUGACUUCCUAACACAGGCUUCUAUUACACUGGAAAGCCUGACAGAGCUUUUGGAGGAACCCAUAGAAAAUUCCACACUUCCCAGAUUUGUGCAGCUUUAUACACAGGCUGUGCUGGAUAUCACAUACUUUGAAGAAAACCAGCUUGUUGAUGAAGAAUUCCCAGAAGAGUCCUCACUGUGGAAAGUUGAGGAUAUAAUCCGUGCACUUUCAGAACCCGAAGUCUUGGUCAAUGAGAGCAGUGCAUCCCAAGAACCAUUCACACUACUUAGUACAGAGCUACUUGAAUGUCUUUAUUGGAGAAGAGGAGCCUUGCUGUAUAUGUUCUGUCACACACUUAAAGGAAGGAAAGAAUGGUUGACAAAGAAGGUGGAUUUGCUUAAAAAGUUUCUUCAUGAAGGGAUCCAUUACUUGGUGAAGAUGCUCGAAUUUAGAUGUCCAGAUACUCCAAAUGAGGAAUUCGAAUCUCGAGAUGCAGCCACAGCUAGACUGGUGCAUGAAGGUAUAUUCAGUGAUACUCAUCUACUGGCCAUGAUGUACUGUGGAGAAAUGUGUUACUGGGGACUGAAAUACUGUGCAAAAGAGAAAGAACAAACACAAAGUACAGAGUCAGAAUUGACCAGUAACCUACCCAGCGGUUCGCACAUCAAGGUUCUGGAUUUUCGAGAGACAGGAGAGAAAAUGUUGCAGAAAUACAUCAGUGUAUGUGAAGGACCCUUAAGACUGCAUGACUGGGAUACCAAAAAUGCAAAGCUUAUAUUGGACUAUUUUAAACAGCUAACAACCUAGUUGACUUAAAACACACAAUGUAUGUACUUUUCUACAGCAAAGCAUGAUUAAACUUGGAAAAUGUGCCUCUUAA